AUGAAUCAGUCGACAUUUCAAGAUCUCUCUCCUUCCUACAUUUUCAAUGUCUAUGAGUUCAUGUGGGGAUAUCUAUACAUACAUUAUACAGAAACUUACAUUGACNUGAGAUUGCCUUUGCACAAGCGAUUUGACGCAGUGAUCACGCUCUGUUACGAGGCCAUGGCUAGGCUUCGUGAUCCUGUUUAUGGCUCUGUUGGCCAUCUCUUCUCUCUUCAGCACCAGGUGAUGAAUCUACAAGCAGAGCUUGCUCAUGUUCAAGCUCGUCUUUCAACAUUUCAGCACUUUCCUCUACAGUCGCCACAGCUGCCGUCUAUCGAUCUUGCGCAUAACAAUGUAUAUCCGAUGGAACAGCCGAGUAACUUGGAUAGUGCGUGGGAAGAAGAACAUUUACCUCAAGGUGGAAUUGAAGAUGGGGAAUUCCAAGAACUGGCGAUGCAGUACAUCUCAAGGUACUUACCAGCGGUCAAACUUCCGGCUGGCACUUAGGUCAAACUACAAGUCAGACGUAUGUAUCAUAGCAAUGGAGAGUAGGAAAAAAAGGGACGAGUCUCCAUUCCCAAAGUUGACCAUUCCACUUAAGAUCAUUACUAUGCCAAUAUGCCCAUCUUAAGAGAUAUAUAUAGCUAAAAUUAUGUAUGCAUGUUAGAAUU